AUGCUGCUUCCCGUCCUGGCCGGCUUCUUCUUCUUCUUCUCGGCUUGCGGGGCGCCGUCGGGCGUGCAGGACACCCCGGCGGGCAGUCGCUUCGUCUGCACCUCGCUGCCGCUGGACGCCGCCAACCCGGGUUGCCCGCCGCCCUCUGCGCCCGUGGCCGGGGGAGGGCUGGUGCCCCCCGAGGAAGAGCUGAAGGCCACCCUUCUGCAGCUGCGGGAAACCAUCCUGCAGCAGAAAGAGACCAUCGGGAACCAGCGGGAGGCCAUCCGGGAGCUGAGCGGCAAGCUGGGCCGGUGCGAGAGUUCCGACGGCAGAGGCGGCCCGUGGAGGAAAGAGUUGGCCAAGGGCAAGGACACCAUGGGGGAUCCGCCCCGGGACCCGGCCAAGAUCGUCGACCAGCUCACCCGCACCAUGCAAGCCCUCAAGGACCGAUUGGAGAACUUGGAGCACCAGCUUCGAGGCAACGUGACCGUUGGAGCCUUGCCCAACGACCUGAGAGAGAUGCUACAGAGGCGGCUUGGAGAACUGGAGCGCCAGCUGCUCAGCAAAGUGUCCGAGCUGGAGAACGAGAAGUGGUUGCUCCAUAACGAGACCUCCACCCACCGGCAGAGGACGGAGGCUGCCUUGAACGCUCUGCUAGAAAGGGUGUCUGAACUGGAACGAGGUACCAGCGCCUUUAAAGCGCCGGAUGAAUUUAAAGUCUCCCUCCCUCUCCGCACCAACUACUUGUACGGGAAGAUCAAGAAAACGCUGCCUGAACUCUACGCCUUCACCGUCUGCUUAUGGCUGAAAUCGGGCGCCUCUCCUGGAAUUGGGACCCCUUUCUCUUACGCCGUCCCAGGACAAACCAACGAAGUAGUGUUGAUUGAGUGGGGGAACAACCCCAUUGAGCUCCUGAUCAAUGACAAGGUGGCCCAACUUCCCCUCUUCAUCAGCGAUGGAAAGUGGCACCACAUUUGCAUCACCUGGACCACCAGAGACGGGAUGUGGGAGGCUUUUCAGGAUGGAGAGAAAUUGGGCACCGGAGAAAAUUUAGCCCCGUGGCAUCCCAUUAAACCUGGAGGGGUUUUGAUCCUUGGACAGGAACAGGAUACCGUUGGAGGAAGGUUUGACGCCACCCAAGCGUUUGUUGGAGAAAUGAGCCAGUUCAAUAUCUGGGACAGAGUCUUAAAGCCGGACGAUAUUAUGAAGAUUGCCAAUUGCUCCAUCAACAUGCCCGGCAACAUCAUUCCGUGGGUCGACAAUAACGUGGAUGUGUUUGGCGGUGCCACAAAAUGGCCCUUGGAGAGCUGUGAAGAACGUCUUCUUGACUUAUAGCC